AUGUUGCACAAGGAAAAGGAUAUCGAAGAAUCCAAGAGAUUCUUUCAUCACAGUACAUCUGGAAUGGAAGGUAACCCUGAUGGGUUCGGCCUAUUGCCAGAUGGUUCCAAACUGGAAAGCGUUAAAGAUACCAGGAUUGAUAAAUUCGCUGUUCCAAAGAAAGGGUUACAUAGCGAACAUGUUUAUAACUUGGUGAAGAACGAGUUGAAACUAGAUGGUAAUCCAGUCUUAAACUUGGCAAGUUUCGUGAACACUUUCACUGACCAGUUUGCUCAGAAAUUAAUCGAUGAGAACUUGAAUAAAAAUCUAGCAGACAACGAUGAGUAUCCUCAAUUAAUCCAUAUGAAUGAAAGAUGUAUCUCAAUGUUGGCAAAGCUCUGGCAAUCAGAUACUGAUCGAGACACUCCAUUGGGUUGUGCCACCACUGGUUCCAGUGAAGCUAUUAUGUUAGGUGGUCUUGCUAUGAAGAGACAAUGGGAAAAGAAAAUGAGGGCUGCCAAUAAGUCCACUGAAAAACCUAACAUUAUUAUGUCAAGUGCAUGUCAAGUCGCAUUGGAAAAAUUCGCUCGUUACUUUGAUGUUGAAUGUAGGCUAGUACCAGUCGACACCGAACAUGGCUAUCAUUUGAAUCCUAACAAACUCUGGGAUUAUGUUAAUGAAAACACCAUUGGUAUCUUUGUAAUCUUGGGUACCACAUACACUGGACACUUGGAAAAUAUUGAACAAGUUGCAGAAGUUCUUGAACAUAUUGAAGCUCAACACCCAGAUUGGAGCAACAAGGAUAUCCCAAUUCACGUGGAUGGUGCCUCGGGUGGCUUUAUUGUUCCCUUUGCUUUCACAGAAGCUCAAAUGGAGUCGUAUGGGCUAGGUCGUUGGGGUUUUAACCAUCCAAGGGUUGUAUCCAUUAACACUUCUGGUCAUAAAUUUGGAUUGACUACCCCUGGUUUAGGAUGGAUUGUUUGGAAAAACGAUGAGUACUUACUACCUGAGCUCAGAUUCAAAUUGAAGUACCUAGGUGGUAUCGAAGAAACAUUCAACUUGAACUUCUCCAGACCCGGUUUCCAAGUUAUUCAUCAAUAUUAUAACUUAUUGACAUUAGGUCAACAAGGAUAUUACGAAAAGUUCAAUCAGUCGAUCUUUGUUGCGCGUGCGUUUGCAUGGAAGUUGUUACAAGACCCUGACAUGAGAGAUGUUUUUGAAGUUGUCAGUUGUUUACAUGAAAAUUUAGACAACAGCUCCAUUGCAGAAUCCUUGGACGAUUACUGGAAGAAUCCACACGACUACAAACCAGGUAUCCCCUUAUGUGCUUUCAAAUUGUCUGAAAAAUUCAAAUCUGAACACCCAGAGAUACCCCAAUCAAUCAUUUCGACGUUGUUAAGACAAAAAGGAUGGAUCAUUCCUAAUUAUCCAUUACCUGAGUCUACUGAUGGUAGCGACAAAAAAGAAGUAUUAAGAGUGGUCUUCAGAAUUGAAAUGAAGUUGGAUAUGGCAUUGCUAUUGGUGCAAGACGUAUUCGAGGUUGUCCAAAAAUUGCUGAAGUCGUAUGAAUACUUGAAUAUACGUACCGAAAAUGAUAAUCAUGCGGUUUUCAAAGUAUUAAGCACUCUGUCUAAUGCUGACGUCAGUGAGUUGGAACAUGAACUUACCGACUCACAAAAAGAAAAAGAGCAGCACAUCAAGAAAAAUUACAGAGGUACUUGUUAA